CUUUGAGAACGUUUGAGACAGUCUACACCGACUGUGACUUUGGCUCAAGGAGCGGGAUCGAAAAGGAAGCUUGCGCUACUGUGUUUUCACAGGCUCCGCAGGAGGUUUCGGAGCAGAUUCCGGGAGCAAGUUCCCGGCGCAGGUUCUGGCAGCAGCUUCCAAGGUUCCGGAGCAGAUUCGGACCAGGUUCCAGAGUGUGGGUUCUGGAAACGGUUCUCAAGGUAAUUGCCUCGAAAGCUGGACUCGCACCAGGCCCUGCCUGCCACGAAAUCACUUUGCGCCUGUGACGAAAUCAUUUCUUUUGAAGGAUCCUGAAGACCACGACGGUUCCCACGUUGCAUCAAAGUUAUUUCUUUGUGAAGGAUCCUCCCGGUUCCCACGCCAAUGGGGUGGACUGUGGCUGCGCUUCUCUCAACCCCGCGCCGCAAAAAUCUGCACCAAUUGCAGCAGAGUGAAAAUUCUAGGUCGUUUGCAGACUUGUGCCGAGUUGUGGUUCCGCUCCAUUCUGCUUGAAAUUUGAUUUUGGUCCUUCGAGAGUUGCUCGCAGCAACAGCAGCUACCAGCAAGGAUCUGGAACUGAGGGCACCCUUGUAGUUCUUCUCUUAGAAGCCUUCCUUCCCCAGAGCCCGUUGAAACUCGGAAUGACCUUGAGCGACCUUAACCUAUAGACUGAGGGCGUUCAAGGUCCAAAGCACAGCCACGGCAGCCACAACACGGCCCGCUCCAACUUCGGAAGUCACAAGUUUGCUCACCAGCACCUGUCAGGCAUCAUGGGUUUCUUUGCAAAUCGGGAGGAGUGACUGAGUGACAGCUAGGAUUUCAAGACUUGUUUUGGAUUGGAAGUUUGCGUUGUCUCUAGGAGUCUUUUGGAGAUUGAACAUGUCCGACAGCCGUUGUGAGUGGGGAAAGCUCAGCUUGUCCCCAGGCGUGCGUAGUUGACUUCGGUGGGUUUGCAGAGAGCGUGUGUGAGCAUUUUCAUUCUCAUGAGCUGCUGAUUUUCGCCACCAACCCGGCAGCCUCUUUGAUGCAGAGGAUGAGGCCGCUAAAAAGGCCCCGGAACAAUCGUUGGCUUCCGCGGGGGGUCUGAAAGGCUUCAACAAUUUGCUGCUUUUGUUGGAGAGCACCUCCGCGCAAUCUACGCGAUGAUGAUUUGGACUGGCUGGAAUCUUGCGCAGUUCUUUUCUGACUAUGAUCAUUUGGCUGGAAACAUACUUCCCAACACUCAUCACGACAUGUACUUCCCCUUCUCCGAGUUCCCAAUGUAUGCUUAUACGAAGGAGACCACCUAUGCCAUGUGGAGUUGCGCAUUUCUUCUGCUCGCCUGGGGGGCGCUGCUCAUCAAAAUGAUCCACGAUGUGAAUGAGGUGAUGCCGCCUUAGGCGCGAAUCCGAUCUCCAGAGAUCAGAGGCUGCAACAAGCAGUCUGGACUGAUGGCCUUGACAAAAAGUUGAAGCGUGCCCACAGAUGAACAAACACGUUGAAUGGGUUCUUUUUACGGAUUUUGUCAAACAGUGGGCUAGCCGUCGCCAUUAUCGUUUUAAUCUGGACCUGUGCGAUGGCCAAACUUUGGUGAAGGAGGGUUGGAAACGAGAUUUGAAAUGAGAGAGGGUUAAUACAGUAAAGACAGCUGAUGAAAACAGAAUGAAUUGACGCUGAGCAUGGAAACCAUGUUGGGCACGAUGUUGGGCACGCAGCAGCUGUUUGCCACCGAACCAGUUUGUUUGGACAGCCAUUCUUCCGAAUGGCCUGGAGACUCCCGUUCUUCCAGCUGACAGUGGUCGUAGCUUUGACAAGGUCGGCGAACGAAGACUCCAGGGAUGUGAUCUCAUGUGUCGCCGUUGAAUGUGAUGGAUUUGAGGAUACAGUCUCACUUCUCAUGACUGUGCCCCAAAACCCUGAGAAGUCUAACAAUGCACUCGGGCCUGCGACUGGUGGAGGCAGCGGAGGCGGCCAGCUGGCCCAGCUGGGCCAGGUGUCGAAUUUCUUGUCCAAGUCUUCGGAGCCAGAUCGAAUGCCACAUCCAGAUCAUUUUGACGAAACAUGGGACCGCCUCAAGAACAAGACUGCCAAGCUCCCGCUGUGCAGAGCUUUCCCCAAAUAUUGCGAUGUCAAAUCGGUGACCUAUAAGGUCGAGGUCUUGGCAGCCUCCAUGAUGUGGGAAUCUCUCUUGGGCGUGGGCGGUGCAGUGGUGAUCCUGCAAAUCCUGAUGUUUUACAUUGCUGGUGUUUGCUGGAACACAGGGCUUCUAGGUAGACUUUGGCCAAGGGUUUUUGGUGCUGAUGGAUCUGAUGAACGUGGAUUCUCAACUCCAACUUCUGCUUUGGACCCAGCUGAACCUCACCUGGCUGGCUGGGCAUCAUGGCUGGCGCCGCCGCAGCUUGCUUGGCCCAUGAAGACCUGGUGUCAAUGGUGGCAGUUGGGACCACGGCUGUCUCGACCCAUUGCGACGAUGCAACUUUACGUUUGCUGCCUACUCUUGGUGGAGGUCUUGGCUCUGGUGACCCCCAAUUCCUGUGUCUUAGCGACCGCAGAGAUGGUGGGCUUCGUACGCAAGUACCCUAGACACUUCAACUUUUUGCCCCACUUUGGAGAGUGGUUCAUGCCCAAUUUCGAAGACAAUGUGGAUGCUUGGGUCAGCUUUCUAAUCUUUGUGCGGCGAUUGCUUGUGGUUUCGUGGAGCCUUUUCAUUCUUUUGCCACAGAAAAGGAAGGGACUUUGGCAAGUGGCGUUGGGGGUCAGCUACACUUGUGGUGCGUUGGCUUACACCUACUUGAGCAUGAUAGAGUUGACGUACCAACCUUCCCACACCGUCCAAGGAACGACACUCUUUGUCUUCUCCGCUAUGUUCGUAGUGCCCUUCCUGGAGACCAACCCAAUGGCAGGGAAUUGGUUGCGGAAAUUCCUGCUUCUCAAUGUGGUGAUCCCCUCCUAUUGGUUCGCAGGCUUGAGCAAGAUCAGGUAUGCUGGCCUUCUACACAACUUCUCCGGCGCGUGGGUAAAAGGUCCGCUCCAAUACAAAAUGGAUGAUUCGCUGGUCACUGGGUUCAGCGCCUGGCUGCUGGGCCAGCCAGGCAUUUUGGGCUCAACGGUUCCCUGGACUUGUGUGCUCUUUUCUUGGGGAAACUUCCUCGUGGAAAUUGUGCUCCCUGUCGCUGCGAUGCUCAGUAUGACAGAGGGCCCAGUGCGGAGUAAAAUUCGCCUCACCUUCCUCAUUUUGGCGGUGUCUUUCCAUGUGGGCAUCUGGAUUCUCAUGAGCCCCAACUUUAUUCGUUCUGUGCUGCUGCUGAUUUUCGCCACCAACCCCGCUAGCCUCUUUGAUGCAGAGGAUAAGGCCGCUGAAAAGCAAUCGUUGGCUUCCACAGAGGGGUCUGAAAGGCUUCAACAAUCUGCUGCUCUUGUAGGAGAGUACCUCCGUGCAAUCUACGGGAUGGCGAUGUGGACUGGCUGGAAUCUUGUGCAGCUCCUUUCGGACUAUGAUCACCUGGCUGGAAACAUGGAACCCAAAGCGCAUCACGACAUGUACUUCCCCUUCUCCGAGUUCCCAAUGUUUGCCCCUUCAACGAAGGAGAACUGGGUGCUUAGGUGAUAGUUCAUUUAGAUGGUGCAUGAAAAUGCCCCAAACUUAGAUCAACGAGGGAGGACCUGGACCUUUUACAAGGCAUGUUGGAGAUGGAGAUCCAUGAAGAUCCAUGUAUAUCAUCCCGUUUGAAAGUGCUGAGUUGAGCCCUCUUAUAGGGCGUCCCCGAAAAAGGGGGAGACCAUGGUCCCUGACAUCGAUUGGCAAGGAGACCACCCAUGCCCAGUGGAGUUGCGCAUUUCUUCUGCUCGCCUGGGGGGCGCUGCUCAUCAAAAUGAUCCACGAUGUGAAUGAGGUGAUGCCGCCUUAGGCGCGAAUCCGAUCUCCAGAGAUCAGAGGCUGCAACAAGCAGUCUGGACUGAUGGCCUUGACAAAAAGUUGAAGCGUGCCCACAGAUGAACAAACACGUUGAAUGGGUUCUUUUUACGGAUUUUGUC